CUGGGGGGCAGGAGGGCGUGGCGGGCGUGCAGCCCCCUGCUCGGCCCAGCUCCCCGCGGAGCCCCCCCAGCUCGCAGCGGGGCACGACCUGCCCGGCCCAGAGACCUGGGGCCCCGUUUGCGGGGCCUGGGCUACGGGGAAGCCGCGGGGCCGCGGGAGGUUUGCAGCCGCCUGCCUGCCUGCCUGCGGGAGCUGCGUGUGCUCUGGCUGGAGCCCCAGCGCCGCAGCAAGGAGCAGGUCGCGGUGAGGGUGAAGGGCGAGGAGGGGCCCUCCGACGAGAUGCAGCCCCCGGGGGCCCUGCAGGACCCUGGUGAUCCCCGGCGGGAGCAGCCCAGCACCCGUGGUGCGGACAGGCCUCUGGACCAGCCACCUCCCGGCCCCAGAGACGAGCCCCUGCCCCCCCAGCAACCAGGUGCUGGGACCCUGCCGAGAGCUGAGCAGCAGCCUGCUGAGGAGGGGCCGGUGAUCCUGGAGCUGCAGAGGACGUGCGCAGGGAGCCUGGAGGAGAGGAGCUCCCUGACCCCUGAGCCAGGCCAAGUGCAGAAGGGGCAGGGCAGGCCUCCAAAGCAGGAGGAGAGCUCGAAGCUCCGGGAGGUGUUUGAGGACGUGGCUGUGUAUUUCACACGGAAGGAGUGGGAGCUGCUGGACGAUGAAGACAAGGUGCUUUACCAGGAGCAGAUGCUGAAGAAUUACCAAGCCCUCAUUUCCCUGGCUCCCAGGAACUUGGUGUUCAACCCCCCAGUACUUACCAAUCUGUGCACUCAUCAGCCCUCCUGGGGUGAUCCUCCCAAUGGACAGGAUGAUUGCUAUUUUGCACCUACAGGCUAUCGAGGUCCCACACCUGACUUAAUCUGCAGCAUCCAGCAAGGACGGGUGGAUCUUUGGACCUGUGCUGAUGAGGACUGUGGGGAAAUGUCAAGAUGGGAGGACCUGGUGCCAGGAGGUGCCUGGCUGCUGAGCAGAGCUGAGGAGCAGCCUCCUGUGGAAGAGUCUGCAGACAUGGAGCCAGCGCAGACUUCCCCAGGGAGUUUGGGUGAGAUGGACUCCCUGAGACCUGAGAAGGAGCGAUGCUACGAGAGUCAGGGGAGGCCCCAAAAGCAGAAGCAGAAGGAGAAGGUAGCCACAAGCCAGGACCGGUGCAUCCCCCGAGGGAGGAUCACUCACCACUGCACUGAGUGCCAGAAGAAUUUAAUCUGCUUGCAAGACCUGUCCCAGCAAGAGUGUGUGCGGCAGCACCGCACCAAGUAUGGGAAGAGAUUCAGGCAGCUCUCCAACUUGGUGAGGCACUGGUGCAUGCACACAAGAGAGAAGCCACAUCAGUGCUCAGAGUGUGGGAAGAGCUUCACUCACUUCUCCCACCUGACUCGGCACGAGCGUAUCCACACAGGGGAAAAGCCCCAUCAGUGCUCAGAGUGUGGGAAGAGCUUCGCUCAGUCCUCCAGCCUGGCUCAGCACCGGCAUAUCCACACAGGGGAGAAGCUAUAUCAGUGCUCAGAGUGUGGGAAGAACUUCACUUACUCCUCCGCCCUGGCUGUGCACAAGCGUAUCCACACAGGGGAGAAGCCCCAUCAGUGCUCAGAGUGUGGGAAGAGCUUCACUCACUCUUCCACCCUGGUUCGGCACCAGCGUAUCCACACAGGGGAGAAGCCACAUCAGUGCUCACAGUGUGGGAAGAGCUUCAGUCAGGCUUCCCACCUGGCUCAGCACCAGCGUAUCCACACAGGGGAGAAGCCAUAUCAGUGCUCAGAGUGUGGGAAGAGUUUCAGUCACUCCUCCCACUUGGCUCAACACCAGCAUAUCCAUACAGGGGAGAAGAUACAUCAGUGCUCAGAGUGUGGGAAGAGCUUCACUCGCUCCUCCAGCCUGGCUGAGCACCAGCGUAUCCACACAGGGGAGAAACCCCAUCAGUGCUCAGAGUGUGGGAAGAGCUUCAGUCACUCCUCCAGCCUGGCUGAGCACCAGCGUAUCCACACAGGGGAGAAGCCAUAUCAGUGCUCAGAGUGUUGGAAGAGCUUCACUCAGGCCUCCAACCUCGCUCAGCACCAGCGUAUCCACACAGGGGAGAAGCCCCAUCAGUGCUCGGAGUGUGGGAAGAGCUUCACUGUCUCCUCCACCCUGGCUCGGCACCAGCGUAUCCACACAGGGGAGAAGCCACAUCAGUGCUCAGAGUGUGGGAAGAGCUUCACUGACUCCUCUGACCUGGCUCUGCACCAGCGUAUCCACACAGGGGAGAAGCCACAUCAGUGCUCACACUGUGGGAAGAGCUUCACUCUCUCCUCCCACCUGACUCGCCACCAGCGUAUCCACACAGGGGAGAAGCCACAUCAGUGCUCACAGUGUGGGAAGAGCUUCACUUACUCCUCCGACCUGGCUCAGCAUCUGCAUAUCCACACAGGGGAGAAGCCAUAUCAGUGCUCAGAGUGUGGGAAGAGCUUCAAUCGCUCCUCCCACCUGGCUCGGCACCAUCGUAUCCACACAAGGGAGUAACCCCAUCAGUGCUUGGAGUGUGGGAAGAGCUUCACCCUCUCCUCCAUCCAGGCUAGGCAUCAGUGUAUCCACAGAACGGUAAAGCCAACCUCGUCAGAACUGAGGACCACCAGGUGCCAACUGCCCCCCUGCCCUCCUUCCCUCCAUGCCAUUCUCUAGAGCAGCUUCCUUUGUAAUCAAGCCCAACAAUUUAAUGCGAUCCCUCUGUGGUGGAUCUCUAAAUCCUCUCAAGACCUAUGAAAUGCGAUAGUAGAGGUAAAGGAGGUGCAGGCUGUGACAUGUCCUGCCCCUUGUGUGGAAGGGUGGGGAAAUAAUGAAGGCAUCCUCUGGGUGAAAUUAAGCAUGUUGUAAUCUCCCUUGGGAAUACUGAGGCUUCCCUCCUUGUGCAAAAGCCAUUUGACUCCAUGCGUAUCCUGUAGGAGGUCUUCCACAAGGUUCAUUACCCAUCCUGCAGAAAAGGCCCUGGUGGUUAAAGUGGGCAGUAAGCUGACUAUGAGCCAGCAGUGUACUCUUGUUGCCAAGAAGGCUAAUGGCAUACCCCAGUAUGGACAUUUAUAGGAGUGUUGCUAGUAGCUCAAGGGAAGUGACUCUUCCCCUCUAUUUGGCACUGGAGAGGGCACGUGUGGAGUUGUGUGUCCAGUUGUGGGCCCCCACUACAGAAAGGAUGUGGAUGCAGGGAAGAGUCCAGCAGAGGGCAGAAAAAGUGGUGAGAGGGCUUGGGAACAUAACUUAUGAGGAGAGGCUGUGGGAAAUGGACUUAUUUCAGAGUAUCAUAGUUUCCUAGUAGCUAGGGUUGGGAGGGACCUGAACAGAUCAUGUAGCCUGACCCCUGCCGCAGGCAGGAAUGAAUGCUGGGUUCACAAGACCCCAGACAGGUGAUCGUCCAACGUCCUCUUGAACAUGCCCAAGGUAGGGGCGAGGACCACUUCCCUGGGAAGUUGGUUCCAGAGUUUAGCCACCCUAACUGUAAAAUAUUGCCUUCUGAUCUCUAACCUAAGCCUAUUCUCCAUCAUCUUAUGACCAUUGUUCCUCGUCACCCCAGGUGGUGCUGGGGAGAAAAGGGCUCUGCCUAUUUUCUAUUGAUCCCCCCUGAUGAGCUUGUAGGCAGCCACCAGGUCCCCCCUCAGUCUCCUCUUGCUGAGGCUGAACAGGUUCAGGUCCUUCAGUCUCUCCUCGUAGGGCCUGUCCUGCUGCCCUCUCACCAAGUGGGUGGCCUCCUCUGGACCCUCUCCAGGCUGGACACAUCCCUUUUGAAGUGCGGCCCCCAGUACUGGACACAGUACUCCAACUGCAGCCUGACCAAAGUCACAUAGAGGGGGAGGAUCACCUCUCUGGACCUGCUUGAGAUGGACCUUUGGAUGCAUGACAAGGUCUGGCUGGCCUUGCUGGCUGUAGUCUGGCAUUGGUGGCUCAUGUUCAUCUUGGAGUCAAUAAUGACUCUGAGAUCCCUUGCCGCCUCUGUGCUUUCAAGGGGAGAACUCCCCAGCCUGUAUGUAUGCUGUGGAUUCCUUCUCCCCAGGUGCAGCACCCUGCAUUUGUCUGCGUUGAACCCAAUCCUAUUCUCAUCUGCCCACUUUGGUAGUCUGUCUAAAUCUAGUUGCAGCCUCUCUCUCACUUCAAGUGUGUCCACCUCGCCCCACACCUUAGUGUCAUCAGCAAACUUGGACAGCGUGCAUUACACCCCCUCGUCCAAGACAUGAAUGAAGAUGUUAAACAGUGCGGGCCCGAGGACCAAACCCUGGGGGACCCCAUUGAUCACAUCUCGCCAGGUUAAGUACAACCCAUCCACCACUACUCUCUGGGUGCGACCCAUCAGCCAAUGUUUUACCCAUCCAACUGUGCAGGCAUCAUUGCCGCAAUCACUUAAUUCAUUGAUGAGGAUGGGGUGAGAGACAAUGUCAAAGGCCUUCUUAAAGUCUAGAAAGCCUAUAUCCACAGCAACACCAUCAUCCAAGGAUUUAGUUACUUGGUCGUAAAAGGCAAUCAGGUUGGUCUGGCAGGACCUGCCUUUGGUGAACUCAUGCUUAUUGCCCCCGAGCAUGAUCUCCCCUGCAGGCCCCCCACAGGUGUGCUCCUUGAUGAUCAUCUCCAAGAGCAUCCUGAGCACCAAGGUGAGGUUUACAGGCCUAUAGUUACUCAGGUCCUCCUUCCUCCCCUUCUUGAAAAUUGGGACCACAUUAGCCCUUUUCCAAUCCCCCGGCACCUGGCCAGAUGACAGCAAAUGCUCAUCCAGCCGGGCCAAAGGCUCCGCGAUGACCCCUGCCAGCUCCCUCAACACCCUUGGGUGGAGGGCAUGUGGACCUGCAGAUUUAAAAAUGUCUAGCCCUUCCAGAAGAUCCCUACCUAUGUCUGCACUGACUGAAGGCUUUCUUGUCUGGCGUGGCCACUAGAUUACCAUUUGUGUCUUGAAGGGGCCCUACAUUGCCUGGUGCCCUCUUCUUGCUCCUAAUGUACUUGAAAAGGGACUUUUUGUUGUCUUUAAUCCUGGACACUAGCCUGAGCUCCAUCUCUGCCUUGGCCUUCCUAAUAGCCCUCCUGCACUCCUGGGCCGAGGAGGAGUACUCCUCCUUGGUGACAGUUCCUCUCUUCCGCUGGUUGUACGCCUCCCUUUUUGGUUCUCAGGCAUUGCUGAAUUCCCUUGCUGAGCCAAGGGGAUUUCUGAGCGCUCUUGCUUGCUUCUCUCAGGGACUGUUAUCCUUUGGGCCUGGAGCAUCGCCCCCUUAAGGUACGGCCAUCCCUUGUGGGCUCCCAUCUCGUCUACCUUCUGGGCCUUUAGUGCCUCCCCCACUAGUCUCCUAAGCUCCUUGAAUUUGUUGGAUAUUUGAAGUAUUUUCUUACUAGAAGGGUAGUAAAACACUGGAAUAGGUUACCCAGAGAGGUGGUGGAAGCUUUCUUUGGAAUUUUUCAAAACCUGUCUAGACAAAGGUUAGUCUGGGAUGAUCUAUUUGGAGAUGGCCCUGCUUUGAGCAGGGGGUUGGACUAGAUGACCUCCUGAGGUACCUUCCAACUCUCAUUUUCUAUGGCUCUUUAGAGGAAUGCCUGUUCUAUACAUUUGGGUGUAUUGGUUAUAGACCUGUUGGUCUUCCCUGGCAUAUAUUUGUGUUUUCACAGACCUGCAUUUUGCAUAUUGUCUUAAGUUUCUAUUCCACUCAGGAGAGCCCACAAACACCAGCAUAAUCAUCCUGACUGAAGAAGGGUGUUUGUGCCCAAAAGCUUGUACAGAACUAUUAUUCCAAUGAUUUAGUUGAUCUCAUAAAAGAUCUCAAAUUUAUCCAAAGAACCUUGUCUAUGUUCCAUACAUCAUCAUCACUUGUUGGAUAGGCUGUACUAUCUGAUCAUUGAGCUCCCAUCUGCAUUUCAUUCUUAAACCUACUAGCUGAAUGAGGCUACAUGGAGGUUUGUGAGUCAUUUUUGGUGGGACCACCUCUUCAACAUUUUCUUGGUGCCCAGAAGGACUCCGGGGGUUACUAGGUGUCCCCUGAGCCCUCAGGCUUCGUGCUGUUCGGGGAAGGGAGCUGGAGGGCACUGGCCCUGUUUUGUUGCAUUUUUCUUCAAAUAAUUUGCUCCUUUUCAGCCAUGGUUUGUCAUAUAGUUUCAUGGUUGGUAGGGUCAGGAGGGACCUGAGCAGAUCAUGAAGUCCUCCCCUUGCCAUAGGCAGGAAAGGAUGCUGGGGUCAAACAACCCCAGCAAGGUGUCUAUCUAGCCUUCUUUUGAAGACCCCCCAGGGUAGAAGCCAGCACCACUUCUCUCGGAAGUUGGUUCCACAUCCUAGCCGCCCUGACAGUGAAGUAGCGCCUCCUGAUGUCUAGUCGAAAUCUACUCUCCAUCAACUUAUGGUUGUUAUUCCUUGUUACUCUCAGUAGUGCUCAGGGGACCAGAGACUCUCCCAUUGCUUGCUGGUCUCCCUUGGCCAGUGUAUAGGUGGCCACCAGGUCCCCCCUCAGCCUUCUCUUGUGGAGGCUGAAUAGGUUCAGGUCCCAUAGCCUUCACUCGUGGGGCUUGCCUUGCCACCCCUGGAUCAUGUGAGUGGCCCUCCUCUGGACCCUCUCAAUGCUGUCCACAUCCCUGCUGAAGUGCGGCGCCCAGAACUGGAUGCAGUACUCCAAGUACAGCCUGACCAGUGUCAUAUAGAAGGGGAGGAUCACCUCCUUGGAUCUGGUCUUGAUGCAGGUGUGGAUGCAUGACAAGGUGAGGUUGGCCUUCCUGACCGCGUUCCCACACUGUCGUCCCAUGUUCAUCAUGGAAUCAAUAAUAACUCCAAGAUCCUUUUCUGCCUCUGUGCUGAUGGGAGGGGAGUUCCCUAGCCUGUAGGUGUGUUGCUGGUUCUUUCUCCCUAGGUGCAGCACCUUGCACUUGUCAGUGUUGAAUCCCAGCUUGUUCUCAUCCGCCCACCCCUGUAACCUGUGCAGAUCCAAUUGCAGCCUGUCCCUCCCUUCUAGUGUGCCCACUUCUCCCCACAUAUUAGUGUCAUCCAUGAAUUUGAAGAAGGUGCUUUUCACCCCCUUGUCCAAGUCCCUGAUGAGUGUGUUGAACAGGGCAGGCCCAAGGACUGAGCCCUGGGGGCCCCACUGCCCACAGCCCUCCAGGUUGAAAAUGACCCCUCCAACACCACCCUCUGGGUGUGGCCCACCAGCUAAUCAGUUGGUCUGACAGGACCUGCCUUUAAUGAACCCAUGUCGGUUGCCCCUAAACAUAACCUCCCCUGCCGGCCCCUCGCAGAUGUGCUCCUGGAUAAUUUUCUCAAAGAGCUUCCCCAGGACCGAGGUAAGACUAACACACCUAUAAUUUCCUGGGUCCUCCUUCCUCCCUUUUUUGAAAAUUGGAACCACAUUGCCCCUUUUCCAGUCCUCUGGCACCACACCAGAGCAACAUGAGUGCUCAUAAAGCCGUACCAGGGGUCCCACAAUGACCUCUGCUAAUUCCCUCAGCACUCUGCCGCGGAGAUCGUCAGGACCUCCUAAUUUGCACACGUCUAGUCCCAAAAGAAGUUCCCUGACUAGGUCCUCUCUGCCCCUGGGCCUGGCUACACCUGUCCUGGGACCAUCAGGGAUUCUGAUGGGGGGGGGACGACCUGGUCCCUGCUUAGAAAAAUGUAGGCAAAGAAUUUGCUAAAUAGGUUAGCUUUGUCAUCUGGUGAGACCACCAGGUUUCCAAGUGUGUCUUGCAGAGGCCCCACAUUAUCCGGAACCAUCUUUUUACCCCCUAUGUAUUUAAAAAGGGAUUUCUUGUUAUCCUUGAUCUGGGUCGCCAGUCCCAGUCCCAUCUCUGCCUUGCCCUUCCUGCCCGCCCCAUGCAGCCCCGAGCAAUGGAGGUGUAGUCCUCCCUGGUGAUGGCCCCUCCCUUCCACUAGGUGUACACCUCCUUCUUAGCUUUGAGGCAUUCGUGGAUGCUUUUUGUGAGCCAUGGGGGCUUUUGUUUGAGCACUCUUGCCGCCUUUGAUCCCUUUUGGGAUUGCCACCCUUUGGGCUUGGAGGAUCGUCUCCUUCAGGAACAACCGCUCUUCUUGGACUCCCAACUCCCCACCCCUCUGGGACCUCAGUGCCUCCCCGACUAGUCUCCCUUGCUCAGUGAAAUCCACCUUACUGAAAACCAGGGCUGCUGCCUUGCUGAAGACCUUUGCCACCCUGUGCUGGAUUGUCAAUUCAAAUUGUUGAUGAUCGCUAUCACCCAGGUGAUCAAGCACCCGCAGACCCCUCACAGGAUCAUCGCUUGUGGCUGGGACCAGGUCUAACAAGGCAUUUCCCCUGGUGGGACUGUGCACCUCCCGAGUUAGAUGGAGGGCCUGUAACUUGGCUAGGAACCUACCUGAGCGGUCAGACCUGACUGACUGCUCUUCCCAGCAUCAACAGGUAAAGCAGUCAGCCAGGCACUAUCUGGAAGCUUUGUGCCACACGGGGCUUCUACGCAUUCCUAGUUCUUCCCCUCUCGCGUCAUGAAUAAUGCUUGCUUCCAUUAUAGGGUCAGCCAUUCCGGCAUUUUUCACAGCAUUUUCCACGCAUUUCCUGUGUUCUUUGAUCACGCAAUUACACCUAAAGCCACCAGCAUGAGCCGCCAGGACUGCACUGACUUCACUGUGGGUGGACAAACUCCCAGGGGAUCCUGCACUGCCUUGGGGCUGCUUGUAGGGCUGGAGCUGGUGCCAACAUGUCUUUGCUCAAGUUAAUGAGGUGCACAGGCCAGCCUGUGCUGAGUGUAGAUAUGUGGCAAUAUUGGCUACGAAGGACCAUCUUACAGGAUCAUCAUAAAAUUGUAGUUUAUUGGACGGAUGUAAAAGACCAUAACCCUUGGUGCUGAUCCCCCCCCCCCCCCACACACACACACAGAGUAGCUAGCUAUAAACACUAAGCACCGGUGUCAAGAUAUAGCGAUCCCCAAGCACUGGAGUCUGCCUUCAAUGGCCAGUUGAGGCUUCUUUCAAUGCGAUGUUGCUUCAGAAAGGGGUUGCCGGUUGGUCCUUCUGGCUGGACAGGCAGGGUGCUGGUCAGGUCAAAAAGGGCACCCUUGGGGGUCAUUCUUCGCUGCCUUUUAUUGCUCUCUGGCAGAAUUGGAGACUCCCCGAUUCCUGGGCUUACCCAAUCCAGGGGUCUUUGACCUCGAGCGACAUCCCUCUUGGUAGCUGCCGGAUGGCAGCUGUCAGCCCCAGGGGUCACGUCUGUAUGUGCAGUCUCAAGAAUCUGCUGAUGAAUUUUGAUUGAUUCACUGCCAUAAUGAAUACAACUCUGGAAAUGGCUGAUCAGGGGGUAUUUCAGCCCCAAGGGUCUGUUUCCAGCCUUGAUUAGUUCAACCGGGGGCUUCCCUACCUUUAACAGUGAAGUUUCAGGGAGUUCCUGACUCUGUUUUGAUUCUUUCCUUUUCUUAGUUUGUAGUUUCGUAGGUGUUAAUUGCCACUCAUUAACUUACUUAUCCAGACUAGCUACUGUGUUACACAUUCAACCCUGAUUCCUUCAGGGACCCGCCCCAUACAGAGAUUUCUGCUCUUGAUAACAUUGUUACAUGGUACAACUUACUUUUAAACUUAAAGUACAUUUGUAAAACCAUCCACAAGCUCUAUUUUUCACUACAAAUACAUCUUAUAUAUAUAAUAAUAAUAAUAAUAAUAAUAAUAUAAAAGAAAAAAGAGAGGAAGCAUCCCCAAAAGGGGGCAACUUCGGUAAAAGGUGCUUUUGCCAUAUGGAGGAGCUUUGCAUUUGUGGGGGCGGAGAGGGAGGGCAGGCAGUCAAAAAGGUUUCUUGCUGCAGCAGGGCUGUGCUUCGGGGAUACUGGUUCAGUGGAUGACACGCUGCAGUGAGUGAGGAGAGCACCUCCAUACAAGUGGGACCAGAAGGUGAAUUUCGAGCUACAGGGAUGGAGGCAUUUCCUCUGUGGAGCAAGAAAACCAGGCUCCCUGCUGAAGACCUUCUGAGAUGGGCAGGAACCUGCUCCCUUUGUCUCACGUUUCCCACUCUUGCCAGCCAGGUGACCAGGUCUCUCACCUGUCUAUCACUCUAGUUGCUAACCAACCCUCUAGCCUCCAUGGGAGACCUCAGGUAUCAGGGAGGGGAGUUAACCCCCUAUUGUCUUAUCAAGGACCCCAUGACUGGGAGAGGGGCUGGAGCCCCAACCAGUCUACCUGGCAACCAGUGAUGCAUUUCCAAUUGAUUGGGUUGUAGCCAACUUUAGCUAGUCUCCACUGGACGCCAUAGUGAGGUCAUAAGGUGUAUAUAAGUUAAAGCCUGCCCAGGACGGACAGCGGCCAUGACAAGGACUCUCACAGAAGCUGGACCAUCUGAAACUCACUGUCUCUCUUCAAACUCAUGGUCACUGAACUUCCUGCUUCCAGAGGGAAUCUCCCCCUGCCUCUGGAUGAUGCCUAUGCAUCUUGAGCAGGUCCAAAGAGGUGAUCCUUCCCCUCUAUAUGACACUGGUCAGACUGCAGGUGGAGUACUGCGUCCAGUUCUGGGCACCGCACUUCAGGAGGGAUGUGGCCAGCAUUGAGAGGGUCCAGAGGAGGACCACUUGCAUGGUCAGGGGACUGCAGGGCAGGCCCCACGAAGAGAAGCUGAAGGACCUGAAUCUAUUCUGCCUCCACAGGAGAAGACUGAGAGGGGAUAUGGUGGCUUUCUGUACUCACCAGGGGUGACCAGCGACAUAUAGGUGAGGCUCUGUUCCCACGGACAACACCUGGGAUAACAAGAAAUAACAGCCACAAAUUGAUUGAGAGCAGACUCAGGCUUCAUAUCAAGAGGCAUUGCUUUAUAGUUAGGGCUGUCAGGCUCUGCAACGGGCUCCCAAGGGAGGUGGUGCUCUCCCCUACCAUGGGGGUCUUCAAGAGGAGGUUGGAUAGAUAUCUGACUGGCAUGGUAUGAUCUCAGCACUCGUUCCUUCCCAGGGCAGGACGUCAGACUUGAUGAUCUGUUCAGGUCCCUUCUGACCCUAGAGACUGAAAGCCCACAACUUUGAAGAAGCAAAAGCUGGUCGUUAGGCUGGACAGACAGAUUGAGCCAUUUUCAUGAGAUGAAAAACUGAAAUGAAUGCCCAUGUUUGAUUGGUAGGUAACUCAACAUGUGUGAGUGUGACAGAGCCAUUCAUUCAUUUUUAUGAGACGGUACGUGUAAGUUUAGCAUGUUUGUGAUGAGAUUUAAUUGUAACUUAUUUUUUUAAAUGACAGAGGAAUUGAUUUUAUUGAUUAUUAAAAAAAAAAGAAUCCAAUUAAAAAAAAUAUGAUUAAAAAAAUUGGUUUUUAUCUACCCUGCAAUUGCGGGUGGUCCUGUAUGGUUGGACAAGGGCUAAUCUAGCACCAAUCCUUAAGAAAAGGAGAAGGACGGUCCAGGGAACUACAGACCAGUCAGCCUCACCUCAGUCCCUGGAAGAACCAUGGAGCAGGUCUUCAAGGAAUCCACUGUGAAGAACUUGGAGCAUAAGGGGAUGAUUAGGAGCAGUUAGCAUGGAUUCAUCAAGUGCAAGUCAUGCCUAACCAACCUGGCUGCCUUCUAUGAUAAGACGGCUGGCUGUGUGGAUGCAGGGGAAGCAGUGAAUGGCAAUAGCCUUGAUUUUAGAGAUUUUUUAUCUCCCUGCCUGCCAUCUGACACCUCCAGAGAAGGAAUUCGACCUGAUCAACACAUCAAAGAGCUACUCAACACAGCUCACAAAGACAUUCUCAUGGACCCAGAGGGACAGCCUUCCUGCUUCAGCUCUCUCUCUGCAAUAAUGAAGUUUAUUUCCUACCUAUGGGGACUUUUUACCAUCUUGUACCAUCUACAAUUUUCCCAGACCCUGACAAAGGGACCUUGAUCCUGAAAGCUUGCAGAAAAGGACAUUUUUCUUGCCAUUUUCCAGUUGGUCUAAUAUAAGGUAUCAUUUUGGAACCAAGAGUUCUAGUUUUUUGUAUAUUGAUUUUAGCAAGGCUUUUGAUAUAGUCUCGCACAGCAUUCUUGCAAGUAAGAUAAGGAAGUCUGGGUUGGAUGAACGACUGUAAGGUGGACAGAAAGCUGGCUUGAUCAUCAGACUCAACAGGUAGUGAUCAAUAGCUCAAGGUCUAGUUGGCAGCCAGUAUUAAGUGGAGUGCCCUAGGGGUUGGUUCUGGGACAGGGCUUGUUCAGUAUCUUCAUUAACAAUAUGUAAGAAGAGAUGGAGUGCACCCUAAGCAAGUUCACAGAUGACACCACACUGGGGGAAGUAAGAGCUACACUACGGGGUGAGGCUAGGAUUCAGAGUGAACAAGACAAAUGGGAGGAUUGGGCCAAAAAAAAUCAAAUGUGGUCCAACAAGGACACGUGCAAGGUCCCGUAAUUAGAAUGGAACAAUCCCAUGCACCGCUACAGGCUUGAAACCAACUGGCUAAAGAGCAGCUCUGCAGGAAAGGACCUGGGGUUACAGUGGACAAGAAGCUGGAUACGAGUCAGCAGUGUGCCCUUGUUCCCAAAAAGGCUAAUGGCAUCCUGGACUGCAUUGGGAAGAGCAUUGCCAGCAAAUAUAUGGAAGUCAUUAUUGCCCUCUUCUCCAUUGGUAAGUACCCAUCUGGAGUACUGGGUCCAGUUUUGGGGCCCCAACUGCAGAAAGGAUGUGGGCAAGUUGGAGAUAGCCAGCAGAGGGCAAUGAAAGUGCAGAGGGGCUGAGGGACAUGAUUAGGAGGAAAGGCUCAGGGAACUCAAAACCUAAGGUUGAUGAGGACCGGGUUAGAGCGCUUCUGGAGGGGCUGGACAUGUUCAAGUCAGCAGGUCCAGAUGCUCUCCACCCCAGGGUGUUGAGGGAGCUAGCAGGGGUUAUUGCAGGGCCCUUGGCACAGCUUUACGAUUGCAGGGUUGGCGAUUGCACCACCUCUGGAGGGAGCUUAUUCCACAGUCUGGGCACUCUAACUGUAAAGAAGUUUUUCCUAAUGUUGAGCCCAAAACAGUUUUCCCAGAGCUUGUGACCAUAACUCCCGGUGCUCCCCCGAGGGUGCUGUGAUGAACAGUUGUCCGCCAAGCUCUUGCUGUACUCCCCUGAUGUAGUAGUAAGCUGCUACAAGGUCCCACUCAGACUUCUCUUUUUCACGCUGAAGAGUCCCAGGUCCCUCAGCCUUUCCUCGUAUGGCUUGCUGUGCAAGUCUCUGAUCAUGUGGAUGGCUCUUCUCUGGACUCUCUCAAGAUUUACCAUGUCCCUGUUGAAGCGCGAUGCCCAGAACUGGAUGCAGUACUUCAUCUGCGGUCUCACCAAGGCUGAGCAGAGCAGAAGAAUCACCUCCUUGGUUUUGCUGGAGAUGCAUCGGUUGAUGCAUGUCAGAGUAUUAUUUGCUCUGCUGGCUAUAGUUCUGGGUAGGAUGUAGAGAAACUUGAGUGUGUCCAGAAAAGAGUCACUUACAUUAUUAGAGACCUGAAGAGCAAGCCAUACAAGGAAAGGCCGACAGACAUGGGAUUGUUCAGCCUAGAAAAGAGACGAUUUGGGGGGAAUUAGGUGGCAGCUCACAAAUAUAUCAGGGGCUAGGCGAACACCUAUUCACGGAAGUGUCCCAGGGGAAAACCAGGAGCAAUGGUCACUAACUCCUAGAAGAAGGUUUCUGACUGGAUAUAAGGAAAUACUUCUUUAUGGUUCAUGUGCCCGGACUCUGGAAUAAACUGCCAGUGGGUGUGGUGCAGGCACCUACCCUGGGGGUCUUCAGAAGGAGAGUGGAUGCACACCUUGCAGGGGUUAUUUUAUCUCAGCACUAUACCUGCCCAGAGCAGGGUGGUUGCACCCGAGCAUCUUUUGAGGUUCCUUCCAGCCUUUCAUUUCUGUGACUCUAAAAGUAGGCAGAAAGACACAUUUCAGAGCAUGUGAAAUUCCCGAGUGUAGAAAUGGUCUGUAUCGUCUUUCUUUAGCUCGAGAAAGCAUUUGAGCACUUCCCUAAGGAAAUUCUCUGGGGGAAAUAGAGGAAAAAGAUAAGCAAGAGAAAAGCAAAUUGACCUUUUGAAACAUAAGUACCUCAACCCCGCGCACAAGCCAGAACAAGCCCCUGUACUAGAGAACCUCUGCAAAUGAAAACAGGAUUCCCUAGGCCCCAUUCCUAACCUACUUCUUAUCACAGUGAUGGGCAUCUGAUCUGCAAAGGAUUUGAGGAGGACAAGAAAAAUUCUGAGAAUGGCAGAGUGAGCCGAACUGCCCAGGUCUUAAUGUUAAUAGAGCAAAGCAACCAAAGUAUCUGGUCUUUGGAGAUGAAGAUGUUGGGAAGGAAUGUGGACAGCAGCUUCCACCUACCCUGGUAGAGGUAUCUGGGUUACAUCACGUGUGCAUAUGUCACUAGAGGCAGAGUUAAGGAAAUGCAUCGUCCAUGUGUUGUAGCAGCAAAGGCUGACAAGACUUCUGUUAACUUCUGCUGGGUCAUAUCAGGAACUGUGCGAGAAUCUACCCAGGUGCUUAGGAUCAACAGACUAUUGGAAAGUCAGGCCAGAAGGGUCCUCACAUGGUCAUCUAGUUCAGCCCCCUGCUUAAGGUGGGACCAGCCCUCACUACAGCGUCCCAGACACUUCUGUGCAGCCUGCUCCUGGGACCUGCCAGGGAUGGAGACUCCCCCACGUCUCUAGGGCCUGUUCCGGCACUCAGCCCUGCUUGGAGUCAGAAAGUUCCUCCUCUCCAGCCUUCGAUUCCUCUGCUGAAUCUCGGGACCAUUGUUCCUCGUCCUGUCCUCUGCAGCCACAGAGAAAAGCCCAUCUCCCGCCUCUCUGCCAUUGCCCUGCAGGACUUUGCAGACUGGUCAAAUCCCCAGUCAGUUUUCUCUUCUCCAGACUCAAUCCUCUCAGCUCUUCCAGCCUGUGUUCAGCUGUCUUGCCUCCCAGGCCCUGAUCAUUUUGGUUGCUCUGCACUGGGCUCUUCCCAAUCUGUCCACAUCCUCCUGGCAGUGUGGGGCCCAGACCUGGGCAGUUUCCAGUGCAGGAUGGAGCAGGAGAACCACCGCCCUGCCCUUGGCAGGGACUUUCCUGUCCAGACAACCCUAGAGGCUGGAGGCUUUGUCUGCAACAAAUGCACUGGUUUACCUGGGUUCUCAGGCUAAGAGUGCAGGUCUUUGUGCCCAAAAGCUUGCUUCCUGCCCCAGCCAACUACCAGCUGGCUCAAGAAAAGGGAUCAUAAAAAAGUCCUGGAUUCUCCUGCAUAUUGUGGCAGGACUCAGCUGGUAGCACUGUUAUUCACCAUACUGUGAUGUUACAGGAUUGGAAGAGACCUCAAGCAUCUAAUCCAGGCCUCUGCAUGGAGGCAGCAGGACACUCUUCCUAAGCCACUACACACAGCCCCAUCCAACCUCUGCUUGGAAACCUCCAGGGAAGCAGGGUCUGCAGCUCCCUGGGGCAGCUGGUCCUGUUGCCCUGCUGCUCUGACAUUAAGAAAGAUUUUUCCCCUGCGAUUUCCUCGCCAUCUGUUUUGCUGCACUUCAAACCCCUGGUUGCAUGUUCUGCUGUCUGGGAAUGACUGUCACAGGAACAUGAAGAUUUCCAGAAUCUCUCCCAGAUCCAUUCACACUGGCUGUCAGGAGUGAAUGGUGCAGGCCAGUCAAAGCUGAUCUGCCUUUGUGUCGGGUGUACAGACGGGUGUCUGGAGUCAGCCCAAAUGUGAAAAAGGUGAAGACGUGGGCGCUAGCGAGCGGUGCUGGCUGUAGUGGUCUGGAUGGUGCAAGGGCAACAUGCAGGGGUGGAUGCUGCAAGUUCCCUGAGGGCAGGGAAUGUCCCAUGGCUGCAGCACUUGCAAGUUGGCCUUGACCAGUAUGAGCUGGUCCAGUGCCAGGGCAGCACUGGGCCAGGUGCCCUCUUCCCUGUGCUCUGAGCCUCCAUUCACAAAAGACAACAGAAAAGGACAUUUCCUGCUCCCACUUUGUUCCCCUCCAUCUCUGUCUCUGGGUACCCUUAGGGACUAUUUAGAAAAGCUGGAUAUAUACAAGUCUGUGGGGCUGGACAGGAUGCACCCGAGGGUGCUGAGGGAGUUUGCUGAUGAGAUGGUAGUGCCACUGACCAUCAUCUAUGAAAACACAUGGGGAUCAGGAGAGGUCCCGGAUGAUUGGAAAAGGGCAAACAUAGUGCCCAUAUUUAAGAAAGGGAAAAAGCAGGAUCCAGGGAAUUAAAGAUGGGUCCUUCUCACCUCGGUCCCCGAAAAAAAUUACAGAGCAGAUCCUUCAGGAAUCCAUUUCUAAGCACUCGGAGGAGGAGAAAGUGUUCAGGAAGAGUCAGCAUGGAUUCACCAAGUGCCAGCCAUGCCUUACCAACCUGAUUGCCUUGUAUGCUGAGAUGACUGUCUCUGUGGAUGUGGGGAGGCCAGUGGAUGUGUGGUAGCUUGAUUUUAGCAAGGGUUUUGCUAUGGUCUCCCACAGCAAUCUUGCAGGCAAACUAAGGAAGUCUGGGCUGGAUGAAUGGACUGUAAGGUGGAUAGGAAACUGGAUGCAGCACCGGGCUCAGAGGAUAGUAAUCAAUGGAUUGAUGUGUAGAAAGCAGCUGACAUCAAGUGGAGUGCCUCAGGGAUCAGUUUUGUUUCAUAUCUUCAUCAGUGUCCUGAAAAUAGCACACAGUGAUCCCUUGUAUCAAAAAAGCCCUCUUUUCCUCUUGCCUGCAGUUGCUCCCCACUCCUUGGAUACGUUUUUCCUCUUCUACCUAUCACUUUAAGAUAAGGAAUUGUGUUUUAAAACUGGAUGUGUGCAUUUUGUAUCUCCCCUUGUAUUUUGGUAAUUUUAUCUAUUUCUGUGUCAUGGCAUUACUUUUGUAGUUUCUAUUUUAUACUCCUCACCUUUCAACGUUCAACUAAACGUGUUUCGUUUCAGAAGUAAGUUAUACAUUGUAACAAUGUUAACAAGAGCAGGAAUCAAACUGCCCUUCCCUGUAUCAGGCGUGGCCUUGAAAGAGGGAGUGAAUCAGUGAUUGAAUGCGUAACACAGUAGCAAAAAAUUGCAACCUAUAUUAGAGAGAGACCCUGUUCUUAAAAAGAUCUUCCCAGAGCCACCCAUCCAAGCCUUCAGACAAGCAUCGAACCUCGCCAACCUCAUCACCAGAAGCAAACUUCCUCAAGCCCAGAACACACCAAAAGGAUCCAGACCGUGUCAGGACAAGAAAUGCAAAACCUGCCAACACAUCUCCACACCCCACUAUGACUACACCCCACAACAGAGCCAUCAGCAUCCCCAGAUCUUACAGCUGCACCUCCAGAAAUGUGAUAUAUCUCAUCCAAUGCACCAAAUGCCCUGAUGGAAGAUAUGUAGGAGAGACCAGACAACAACUGCGCACCAGCAUGAACGCGCACCGGAAAUCCAUCUAAGACAGAAACACCCAAUUACUGGUGGGGGCACAUUUCUCACAGGAGGGCCACUCUCUCUCCAAGCUCUCAGUCCUGAUCCUCAAGGGAAACUUACACAACACAUCCCAGAGACAAGCCUAUGAGCUCCAUUUCAUCAACCUGCUGGAUACUAGAGAUCAGGGACUAAACACAGACAUUGGAUUUUUGAUACAUUAUAAUCUGCCUGGCAACUCACUCCCCCGCCCAGCCCAGCCCCUGCCUUCUUCACUUUUCAUCGCAUCCAGGAAGAGCACACACCAAGUGCUGCAGCUUCCUUAGCCUGAUGAAGGGUUUUUGAACCCGAAAGCUUGCUCAAUAACUAUUCUCCAACCAUUUGGGUUGGUCUAAUAAAAGAUAUCAAAUUCACCCAAGGAACCUUGUCUGCCUAUGUCGUUAGACCAACACGGCUACAACCUAAACCCCUGCAACAUGGAAGAUAUCGAAUUCAGUCAUCUGAAAUGGAAACUGUACAACAUGAAAAAGAAAGAAGCCAGACUCAACAGUGACAUAUAUUUUCUAAGCCUUUGCAAGAAACACAACUUCAUUCCCCAAGGACUAAACAUCUACAAUCCCCUGACUACUACAGACAACUCCAAAUAUGCUGCACAGCUAUGCAGAAGAACUUCAGAGAAAAGUAGAAAUCAUCUACUUCACCUACUCUACUCCAAAAGAGACCAACUCAGGAAGGAAAUCGUCAUACACUACAACAACUUAAAAGACAGAAAUCCAUACAUGUUCCCUGACAAUAUACAGUGGAUACAAAGAGACUACGAAAAACUUUCUACAGCAUUCAUCCUACGUAAAAAGAAGAAAUGGAACAAAUUACUCCAAGAACAAGCUCCCCAGCCACAAAACAACCAUCAGAGGAACAGCACCAACACCUUAUGACCUUCCAACCUCAGACUUGAUAAAACUGCAAACAGCAACCAACCCACAAAUGUUAUCAAUCUCUCCACACACACGCUUACCAAAACUGAAAAAUCUGUCCUUUCUAAAGGCCUAAAUUUCUGCCCAGAAAAAUACCCUAAUAAAAUACUUCAAUGUGGAGAACUAUAAUAAUUCUUCCGAUGCCUGCGCCUCAAAGAAUAUUUCCACGACCAAACUGAACCCACUCCCAACAACAACUCAUCCUCUGACAACAUUCAGGAAAGGAUCAAUGCCAAAAAGCCCCAAAAAACAUCAGAUCGGACACCUCACAGUGGACGAAACCCUAACCUUGACCGCUGCAUUAACUGCUUCAGGGAAAGAAUGAACAAUAAACUAAUCAGCAACACACGCCACCACAACAACCUCUCUCUACCAGAGAAAAAGGCCAUAGAAUCUCUAAGAUCUAACCACCAAAUAGUAAUAAAACCAGCAGAUAAAGGAGGAGCCAUAGUCAUCCUAAACCAUGAGGAUUACAUAAAGGAAGCCAACAGACAGCUGUCUGACACCACCUACUACAAAGAACUACAAGAAGAUCCUACUCCCCUUUUCACCAAAAAACUCAACAAUACCAUCAAAUCAUUUCCAUCCAGAUUACAAGAAAAACUACAGACCUUGAUCCCCCCGCUGCCUAACCCGGGGACUUUUUACAUGCUCCCUAAAAUCCACAAACAAGGGAACCCUGGCAGACCUAUCAUAUCCAACCAUGGGACCCUAACUGAGGAAAUAUCAGGUUUUGUUGAAUCCAUCCUAAAACCACUUGUCACCCACAGAGCAAGUUUUGUACAAGACACUACAGACUUGCUACGGAAACUUAAAAACAUGAACCACCUUCCCAGCAACACACUCCUAGCCACCAUGGACGUUACCAGCCUAUAUACCAACAUCCCACAUCAGGAUGGCAUCCAUGCCUGCCUUACAUAUCUACAGGAACAAGAUUACAACCCAGAAUACAGACCCAAAGAUAUUACUGAGCUUAUACACUUCAUCCUCACACACAACAAUUUCACUUUUAAUAAUCAACACUUCCUCCAGAUGAUGGGAACAGCUAUGGGCACUAAAAUGGCCCCAUAGGAUGCCAACCUUUUCAUGAGCCACCUGGAAGAAGACUUCCUCAACAACUGCACCAUCAAACCCUUACUAUACCUAAGAUACAUCGAUGACAUCUUCAUCAUUUGGAGUGAGAACCUGCAAACUCUGAUUGAGUUCCACCAGAAAUUCAACAGUCACCAUCCCUCCAUCAGACUUUCUCUAGAAUACUCCAGCACCAACAUCCCCUUUUUAGACACAAUGAUCAGUAUCCAGAAGGGUAAAAUGCAGACCACAGUAUACAAGAAACCCACAGACCAACAUACAUAUCUGCACAGAACCAGCAAUCACCCGAAACACACCACAAAAGCUGUGAUAUACAGCCAAGCCCUCAGACACCACCGCAUCUGUACUGAAGAGCACACCCGGGAUUGCCACCUCACCAAUCUUAAACAGGCUUUCACCCAGCAAGGACACUCCUCCAGAGAGGUAGAUCGCACGUUUUUAAGAGCCACCUCGCUACCACGUGAAGAACUACUGCAGUACAGAAGAAAAACACCCACAAAUCGCACACCACUGGUUAUGACCUAUCACCCAUCCCUUGAACCUGUACGGAAAAUCCUCAAAAAAUUGCAACCCAUAUUAGAAAAAGACCCUAUUCUUAAAAAGAUCUCCCCAGAGCCACCCAUCCAAGCCUUCAGACAAGCACCGAGCCUCGCCAACCUCGUCACCAGAAGCAAACUUCCUCAAGCCCAGAACACACCAAAAGGAUCCAGACCGUGCCAGGACAAGAAAUGCAAAACCUGCCAACACAUCUCCACCACCCACACUAUGACUACACCCCACAACAGAGCCAUCAGCAUCCCCGGAUCUUACAGCUGCACCUCCAGAAAUGUAAUAUAUCUCAUCCAAUGCACCAAAUGCCCUGAUGGAAGAUAUGUAGGAGAGACCAAACAACAACUGCGCACCGGAAUCAAUGCACACCGGAAAUCCAUCAAAGACAGAAACACCCAAUUACCGGUGGGGGCACAUUUCUCACAGGAGGGCCACUCUCUCUCCAAGCUCUCAGUCCUGAUCCUGAAGGGAAACUUACACAACACUUUCCAGAGACGAGCCUAUGAGCUCCAUUUCAUCAACCUGCUGGAUACUAGAGAUCAGGGACUAAACACAGACAUUGGAUUUUUGAUACAUUACAAUCUGCCUGGCAACUGACUCCCCCACCCAGCCCAGCCCCUGGCUUCUUCACUUUUCAUCCCAUCCAGGAAGAGCACACACCAAGUGCUGCAGCUUCCUUAGCCUGACGAAGGGUUUUUGAACCCGAAAGCUUGCUCAAUAACUAUUCUCCAACCAUUUGGGUUGGUCUAAUAAAAGAUAUCAAAUUCACCCAAGGAACCUUGUCUGCCUGUGUCCUUAGACCAACAUGGCUACAACCUAUACCCCUCCUAACACAGUAGCAGGCAGCCAUUAACACCUGGGAAACCACAGAUCAACCAAUGGAAGAAAUCAAUAGGAGACAAUGUAACAACCGGGACAUCUCUAAACGUCACUGAUCAAGGGCUAGAAGCCCUGAACUGAAUUAAUCAACGACGGGGACCAACUUUUGGGCUGAAUAUUUCCAGAUCGACUGCUCCCAGAGCCCAAUUCAAAAUUCAUCACGGACUCCCACACCUGUACAUACAUGCAGACGACCCCUGGGGCUGACAGAUGCCAUCCAGUAGCCACUGAGGGGGGAAGUCCCACGAGGGUCAAUGACCCCUGGAUUGGGCAAACCUGAAAACUGGGGAGUCACCAAAGUCUGCCAGGGACAGAUAAAAAGCAGUGAAAAGUGACCCUCAAUGGCGCCCUCUUCAUCUCCAACUUGACCAGCACCCAUCCUGUCCAGCCAGAAGGACCAGCCGGAAACCCCCUUCUGGAGGAUAACACCACGCUGGAAGAAGCCUCGACUGGCCAUCAAUGGCAGACUCCAGCGCUUGUAGGAUAGGUAUACCCGACUCUUGUAGCUUGCUACUGUGUGUGUGCAUGUAUGUGUGUGUGUGGGGACCAGCCCCAAGGUUUAUGAUUUAACAUCAUUAGUGUUUCAAUUCACCUAAUAAACCAGAAUUUUAAGGA